CGGCGCGCGGGCGGCGCGCGGGGAGCGCUGGGAGCGGGGCGGCCACUCGCGCCUCUUCUUUCCCCCUCCCCGCCUCCCAGCCGCGGCGCUUUGGGGCUCUGCCGCCGACAUGGGCGCCGCCGCGUGGGCACCGCCACACCUGCUGCUGCGGGCGUCUUUCCUGCUUCUGCUGCUGUUGCUGCCGCUCCGCGGGCAGUCAGCGGGCUCCUGGGACCAGGCCGGUUACCUGCUCUACUGUCCCUGCAUGGGGCGCUUUGGGAACCAGGCUGAUCACUUCUUGGGCUCCCUGGCAUUUGCAAAGCUACUGAACCGCACCUUGGCUGUACCUCCGUGGAUUGAGUAUCAGCAUCACAAGCCACCUUUCACCAAUCUCCAUGUGUCCUACCAGAAGUACUUCAAACUGGAGCCUCUCCAAGCCUAUCAUCGGGUCGUCAGCCUGGAGGACUUCAUGGAAAAUCUGGCCCCCUCCCACUGGCCCCCUGAGAAGCGGGUGGCAUACUGCUUUGAGGUGGCAGCUCAGCGAAGCCCUGAUAAGAAGACAUGUCCCAUGAAGGAAGGAAAUCCUUUUGGGCCAUUCUGGGACCAGUUUCAUGUGAGUUUCAAUAAGUCAGAGCUGUUCACAGGCAUUUCCUUCAGCGCCUCCUACAAAGAACAAUGGAUCCAGAGAUUUCCUCCAAAGGAGCAUCCGGUGCUCGCACUGCCUGGGGCCCCAGCCCAGUUCCCCGUCCUGGAGGAGCACAGAGAGCUCCAGAAGUACAUGGUGUGGUCAGAUGAGAUGGUGCACACCGGACAGGCCCAGAUCAGUGCUCACCUCGUCCGGCCCUAUGUGGGCAUUCAUCUGCGCAUUGGCUCCGACUGGAAGAAUGCCUGUGCCAUGCUGAAGGAUGGGACUGCAGGGUCACACUUCAUGGCUUCCCCUCAGUGUGUGGGCUACAGCCGCAGCACAGCGAAGCCCCUCACCAUGACCAUGUGCCUCCCCGACCUGAAGGAAAUCCAGCGGGCUGUGAAGCUCUGGGUGAGAGCACUGAACGCCAGGUCGGUCUACAUCGCCACAGACUCUGAGAGCUAUGUGUCAGAGAUCCAGCAGCUCUUCAGCGAGAAGGUGAAGGUGGUGAGCCUGAAACCCGAGGUGGCCCAGAUCGACCUGUACAUCCUGGGCCAGGCCGACCACUUCAUUGGAAACUGCGUCUCCUCGUUCACUGCCUUCGUGAAACGGGAGCGGGACCUCUAUGGGAGGCCCUCGUCCUUCUUUGGCAUGGACAGGCCCUCCCAGCCUCGGGAUGAAUUUUGAUCCCAUCUGGAGCUCCCCAGUCAGGCUUGGCUGCUAAGGAUGCUCCUGGGGUGCCAGAGAUGGAGAACAGUGCCAAGGACUUCCCAGAAGAGAAGGCAUUACCUCCCCGGCAUUGGCUCCCAUGCUCCACAGCCAGAGCCGCUCUGGGCUGCAUGAUUCCAGAGAACGUGCACAUACAAACAGCCCGCCUCCAGCCUGCCGCCUGCCCUGCUCUGGGUGGCCUGCAGUGCGCAACUCCUUUAGAAAGAGGAAGAUUUUUUUUUUUUUUAAUAUAUAGGGUUUCUUGGUUGAGGGGUUGGGAGAAGAAAGGGCUAAGGUUAAGAUGAUCUCUUAUAGCCCAGGCUGGCCUGGAACUCCUGGUCCUUCUGCCUCUACCUCCCAAGGAAUGAGAUUACAGGCGUGUCUACUUCGACACUCAGUUGAUCUCUGUAGUUUUGAUGCAAAGCCAUGCAUGACUACCUGAAAACUCCCGUUUGUUUUUAAAAAUCAGUGGAGUCCAUUAGUACAGAUACCUGAAGUGACCUUACAAAUGCAGACAAAGCAAGGGGCAGGUGGGCCAUCGGCUGCUUUUCUGGGGAUCCCCUAAAGGGCCCUCAGACUUCCCCACUGCCAGGCCCAGCCACUGUUGUCCCUGGGCUCCUCUGUUUGAACACAGCAGGCAGGAGUUAGCAAUCAGGUGGGGCAGUGCUCUGAGGACAGGUUGGUGCUCACACUCCUCAGCAGCAUCACUGCAUCAUCAUGGUGCUGGUGAGGCUGCUCUGCAGGCUGCUCUGCAGGCUGCUGUCUCUAAGACCCUCCCCGCCUCUUCUCUGUGGUCUCAGCCCUCACGGCAGCUAGUCCCCAAGGACUGCUCAGCAAGCCUCUAACACAGCAGUGCACAGAGGCCAUGUGAAGCCCCAGCUUGGAAGCCGUCUUUGCCCCACCAGCCAGUGCUCUGCCUGCCAGUGUGGUGAGGGCCUUCUGAUGCUGCUGUGACUGGCCAGGUGGUUCUAGAUUCUGCCUUGCACAGGGACAUUUAUAGAGGCUGGAGCCCCAGUGGGUGACCAUGCAGACCAUCCUGAUUGGUACGGUAUUUCUGAAGAGCAGGUGCUAGGGCUCUUGUCUGUGGCAGGCACUGUACUCUUUGACCCAGUUUCUCCCUGGUAGUGCCGAGUCUGGUGGGUUAUAAGCUUCAAGUCAUCUGGUGAGCAUUGUAAUCCUGGAAUAGAACCAGACCCCCAUGUGGCCGUUGUAGCGUUGAACUGUUGUUUAUUGCCAGUUCUCCUGGGCCAGGCACUGUGCUGGUGCCUAAUGGGUAUCCUCUUAUUUAGUUUGCCCCUGGUAUUAGCCUUUUCUUUCUGACAAAAGAAAGGAAGAAAGAAAAGAAAGAAAAAGUGAAUGUUCAGAGAAAUUUUCUUCCAGAGCUGCACAGCUGUGGGUGGUAAGCCAGGCCCGACCUAGAAGCCCGUUCUGUCAGUCAUGGGCUCUGUGUGUUGCCUCCCAAGACACACUGCACUGAAGGGCACUAGAGAAAUGAGCCACCCUGACUCCUCUGCAUACUGCUGUUGGCUUCUGCUGCCAGCCCUAGUAGGAGGUGACAUAAGAAACAGGAAGCCCUGGAUAGUUCUAGAUAGUUAUAGUACAUGAUUUCAUUCAGGAAGUGUUUAUUUUUUGCCUACUGUGUGCUCGGAAGGCGGGUUGCAGCAGAGAAAGCCUCAAAGGAUCAGGAUUGUAGUCAGAAAGGCAAACAGCCUGCAUGCUGUGGAAGACAUGCUCUGAAGAAAGGCCAAGGGUAUGGGCACAGGGAAGCGCUUCUAAAGGAAGCACCUUAAGGACUGGAGGAGAGCUUGCUCAGCUAAGGAGGCUGCACAUUGCCAGCAGCAAGCAUGGCAUGUACCAGUGCCCUGAGGCAGGAGUGGGUACAGCAAGGGAACAUCCGCAGAUGAACGGAAAGGUGACAUCUCAUGGAUUCACUUUGUUUGGGACCAAAGAGAGAUGUGACUUGUUUAUGAGGACCCUGUACCCAUGCUUGGGAGUAGAGCAGAAGCUGGUACUGCCUGUGGUGAGAGGGUAGGCCGUGCUUGAGCUGGGAGAAGAGAUCACAUUCUGAGUAUUAUCAAGUGAUUUUUGUAAUUCAGUCUCUUUAAAGAUACAAAUCUACAUAACUGCAGUAUAUACCAUUUCAUGUCUUAUUUUAUGUUUUUACGUAACCACACAUCCUAUUUUCCCUGUGUGAAUAUAGCUGAAUAGAUGCUUUUAAUUAUGUAAACUGCCACUGAAGGGUGUUUCAUAGUUUGUGAUUUACCUUCUAUGAGAUCAAUUCCCAGCUAGUUGCUGUUGGAAUUUUUUUCCAAGACAGGGUUUCUUUGUGUAUCCUUCACUGUCUUAGAACUAAUCACUCUCCAGGCCAGGCUGGUCUCUAGUUCACAGGGAUCACCUACCUCUGUCUCCUGAGUGCUGGGAUUAGGCGAGCGCCACCACUGCCCAGCUGCUGUUGUGAUUUGAAAAUUGCUGCCUAAAAACUUUUCUUUAUUUAAGAUACAAAUUUUAGGUUCCCAGAAGUGAAUUUGCUCAAUACAAUAAUUUAUAUGAUAAGAAAAUUCAACUGUGCUCAAAAAUUGUGACUUUAAAAAACUGAGCUCACAGCCAGGCAGUGGUGGCGCAAGCCUUUAAUCUCAGCACUUGGGAGGCAGAGGCAGGCAAAUUUCUGAGUUCGAGGCCAGCCUGGUCUACAGAGUGAGUUCCAGGGCUACAUGGAGAAACCCUGUCUCUGGGGGGAAAAAAACCACAAAACCUUAGCUCUCAGUAUUGACAAUUCAUCUUACCAGCUAGCUCCAUUUAUUCCCCACUCCUAGUCGGUCUGGAGACUUUUGUUGUUUCAUGUUGUACUUUGUGGUAGGGUCUUCUGUUGGCUAGUCUGGCCUGGUACUCUUGAUGUAGCCCAGGCUUAUGAAAUCCUAAUCCUCCUGUCUCAGCCUCACUGCUGUGAUUACAGUUUAUGCUGUAUCACGUUGGUUCCUCCUGAGCCUUCAAAUGGAUCUGCGUGGAUGUCCUGACAGAAUGUGCUAUAGUGGUGAAGGAGGGCCCGGGCCCCAGGAGGAGGGUGAGCUCAGGGCCUGUUCUCUCCCCUGUUUCUUUUUCACCUUCUAGGUGCUGAGGCAAUGGUAUCUUCUCUGUGGAGUCCUGCAGGUCAAAGCCCUGAAAGGCACUCCACCCAAGCUGAAUGCCCCUAGGAAUGUGCAUUUUAACAAGCUCCUGUGAAAGGCCCAAGGCCUGCAGUGGGGCAUCACCCAGGGGAGCCACCUUAAAUGCAAAAUCCCAGUUGAACCUUUUAGAUCCAGCCUGUAAUCUCAGCUACUUUGGAGGUUGAGACAGGAGGAUCACAUUCUAGGCCUGCCUGGCAACUAAGGUGAGACUGUCAAAAUAAUAAGGCUUGAAAAAGGUGGGGUGUGUUUCAGUUGGCCGAAUGCUUGGUCACCACAGCACAGCCCUCAGGAGUACAGGGAAGGUAUCCUAGUUACACAGGAUGCAGUGUCUUGGCCACAGUGGCCUGACAACAAAGCAGGGCUUGUGCACUAGUGUUUGGAUCCUGUUUUAGCUAGUUUUUGUCAAGUUGACACAAACUAGAGUCACCAGAGAAGACAGAACCUCAGUGGAGAAAUGCCCCUAUCCGAUUGUCUGGUAGGCAGGCCUGUGGGGUAUUUUCUUGAUUGGUAAUUAAUAUUGAAGGGCCCAGCCCACUGUGGGUAAUGCCACCUCUGAGCAGGUGAUCCUGGGAUGGAAAAGAAAGUAAAUGGAAGGGUGGGUGUGGUGUCACUUCUAAUCCCAGUACUGGGCAGGCACAUCUCUGUGAAUUCAAGACCAGCCAGGUCUGCAGAGUGAAUUCCAGAACAGCCAGGGCUCUGAAGGGUCUGGAGCAAACCAGUAAACAAUGUUCCUCCAGAGUCUGCUUUAGUUCCUGAUUUGAGUCCUGUCUUGGCCUCCCUUCAUGGUGGACUGUAAAAACUGUAAAGUGAAAUAAAGCCUUCUUUCUCCCCUA